GAUGCGCACGUUGGCACAUGUUCGCGUCCCGAUCGGGCAAGCGCGCACGCUGCUGGGUCUGCUCUCGACGGCGGAGAAGUCGACCAAGAGCAUUGCCGUCUACUUCCAUGGUUUCCCAGACCUCUCGGUGCACCCGAAUGAGGACGCUCCGCCCGCGUACGCUAGCCGCUUCCCGCGCAAGCUCGAGGAAGCGCUCGCAAUGGAUCUUCUUUGCGUCAACUUCUCGGGCCUUCCGGGCUCCGACGGCGAUGCGAGCUAUCGCAGCAAGACGCUCAGUCGCGAGCUCGAAGAUGCGCGCGGUAUUGUAGCCUACUGCGCGACCAAACUUCAGAAGGCCCACGUGCAUGUCAUUGGGCUCUCGACCGGUGCCAUUCUCGCGGCUUGUCUCCGCGACUUGGAUCAUCCGCAGCUACGGUCCAUCUCGGUGGUGGCAGGUAUCGUAGACGCCUCUGCCGGCUCGAAGCUUGACUUUUCGCACGACCAAUUAACAGCCAUGCGCGUCGAUGGGCAGUGCGAGACGGCGUUCUACUGGCCGGCGCAAUGGCCGCUGGCCAACGACUGCCGUGCGGAUGCGUCGUUUGAUGCGACUGGCAAGGUCUGGCGACCCCUUGCGAGAAGCUACGUCGACGACAUGGAGCAGCUGGACAUCGCCGGGCACGUCACACGCGGCACGGUGCCGCUUCUCGUUGUCCACGGCACCAGCGACAAGAAUGUUCCGCUGGAGCACGGCGUCGCUCUCUUUGCAACAGCCAGUGAGCCCAAGCAGUGGCUGGAGGUCAAGGGCGCAAACCACCUAUUGUCCAACGCGAAGCACAUCAAAAAGACUAUUCAGGCCAUCAGUGCCCACGCCGCCCGCUCGGAAGUCGUGUAAUCCUGAUGCGAGAGAUGUUGCUCGAUUUACCAUUCAUUCGACUCGAAAGAGGAUAGCA